CCUCCAUCCAUCAGGGCGGGACUGGGUGGAACACGGUGAACACACGACCUCCUAAGUUUGUCUGAGGGGGCUGCUACUGCCUCAUCCAGUGCAUUGUGGUGAGCUGGAGACUUCCUUGUGUGAGGUGCACGUACUGGGGCCCAGAAAGGGGGAGCUUCAUGUCCAUGGUGCUACAGGCUCUAGGGCCCAGAGUUUGGCCCAGGCUCUCCCAGUUCAAACCUCCAGUCCUCAGGAUCCCAGGAGGCGAAACUCUGUAUGUAAAGUCCAGACACUGGUCAGGGCAGAGCCAGCCCCAAGGUCCCAGGCUAAGAACUAGGCUGCUGAUCACUGCCCUGUUUGGAGCUGGGCUGGGCUGGGCCUGGCUGGCAGCAAGAGCUGAGAAGGAACAGAGGCGUCAACAGCAACGAACGGAGGCCCUGCGCCAGGCUGCUGUGGGCCAGGGUGACUUCAGCCUACUGGACCACAAAGGCCAGCCUCGAUGCAAAGCUGACUUCCAAGGCCAGUGGGUACUGAUGUACUUUGGCUUCACUCACUGCCCUGAUAUCUGCCCUGAUGAGCUGGAAAAGCUGGUUCAAGUGGUACAGAAGCUGGAGACAGAGCCUGACCUGCCCCUGGUGCAGCCUGUCUUCAUCACUGUGGACCCAGAACGGGAUGACGUGGCAGCCAUGGCCCGGUAUGUGCAGGACUUCCACCCAAGACUGCUGGGUCUGACUGGUUCUAAAGAACAAGUGGCCCAGGCUAGUCGCAACUACCGUGUAUACUACAGUGCUGGUCCCAAGGAUGAGGACCAGGACUAUAUUGUGGACCACUCCAUUGCCAUCUACUUGCUCAACCCAGAUGGACUCUUCACAGACUACUAUGGUCGGAGUAGGUCAGCAGAACAGAUUGUAGACAGUGUACGUCAGCACAUAGCUGCCUUCCGUAGCAUCCUGCCUUGAAGUAUACUGCCUAGGCCCUGUCAGUAAAUGAAUGUACUUAAUCUGUG